CCCCGGGGUGUAAAAUGGAUUUUUCCAGCACCGGUAAAAACACCGGAAAUCCCCGUCUGGUAUGCAAGAAAUAACAAUCGUUUGAGGCUUAUUGUGUAAUUACCGUACGCCUAGGUAAUUCCGGAAUCCAGACUUUAGCGUAAGCAGGAAAAUGGCGGCACCCAUGGGUCAGCAAUCUGCCAAUCCUUCAGCUCCUCCACAAAACCCUGCUGCACAGGUUCAAGCACAAAAGGAAGCAGAAGUAGAUCCAAUUAUAAAGAUAAAGCAGCUUCUUUUACCAAGAUUGAAAGAAUCUCUUGUUGCUCUGAUGAAAGUAGCAGGACAGAUUCUACAUCAAAACUCCAUGUCAGAGGAAGGCCAUAAACUGCAGGAGGGUCUACAACAAGUGUAUGAGAAAAGUAUUGAGGAAUUUUAUGCCAUCUGUGAUCAGCUAGAAGUCAACUUGCGUUUAGCGCUAGAGAUGCAGGCACAGCAGAUAGAUAGUAACAAAUACACGCCACUCCCAGUCACAAUACCAAAGUCAGACAUGACGAUGUCGGAACAGCAGUCGGUACCGUACCCACAAUUCCUGGUCACAGUCAAACAUCAGAUCACUUGUGCAAAAGACAUGUAUGAAAUGUUAAAUGAGUUUACAAAAAAGUUGACUGAAAGGUGAAGUAAUUUCUUAUGUGUUUGGAAUUGUACUUGGCAAUAGUUUUUGCAAACCUGGAGAAAGGCACUGUAUCCUUCUGGAUGUCAGAUGUGCUGCCUAGAUCUGAUGUAAGGAUCAUUUAGUAUUUCUUACUUGUGCUUAACAAGGAAUGUAGUUGGAUAAAUGUGUGGGAAUAUGUACUGAAACACGAGUAUUAGUUGAGCUAAGCUGUGUUUGGAAAUUAUAACACGCACUACAGAAGGCAGACAGUAUCUUAUUAGCACAACUGAAAUUUUGUUUGGAUGUAUUUGUAGGACUUUACAAUAGUUUGUCUCUUGUGUAAAUUUAAAACUGCUGCAGACAUGUUUUGUGAACUUGACAUUUACAAAAUUACUAAGUGUUGUUUAUUCAAAUUUCAAGUACCAAAAUAAGAUGAUCAUUUAGUAUUAAAACUAGUUAUUGAUGUACAAAAUGUGCCAUGCCAUACUUGACAAAUUUCUUGAUGUCUGAAAUGACAAGGUAUGUGAGAGCAAUGGCAACAAUUACAGAUAUGGAUGGAAAUGUGUGGCUUGUAUUAGUUAUGGUUAAAAGUUUGGGAAAUAAUAUUUAUACCUGAAGAUUUUUGAGUCGGCUAAACGAUGUAAUCGUUUUGACGAGUCCUUGCUAUCCAGCGAUUCUCUAAGUCUAAAUGGACCAAAUAACACAGUGAAGCGAUGUAGUUCCAUUAGAUUUCUCAAACUUCAAACAGUUCACUGCAAGAAUGAAGUUAAGUUGCGUGAAUUCCCUUUGCUAUGACCAAUAUACGAUGUAAUCUGUCAUAUUUAUGACUUGUAAUUGUGCAAUACUCGAAUGUAACUCAUUAAGCAUAAAUGUGCAUUUUAUGAAUUGCGCAGGCUUACAAAGCUUGCGUAACAUCCAGCGAAAGAUCAAAAAUAGUUCCACAGGGCUCCAGAUAAGAUGCGUAUUAGCGUAAAUUAUGUAUAGAAAUAAUGCAAAUACGCAUGUCUAAUAAUUUCUAAACGUAUAUAAAAUUACAGAAAUGCACACAAUGCUUUUUUAAAAACAAAAUCUGAAUCGUCUGGAUGCGUUAGGUAACAUAGCCGAUCCCGAUCAGCCUUAAUUCUCCCACAUUGAACGUAUACACGCAUCGUAUGAUUUCUAUAAACUUUGCGUGGGUUUCUACACACACACACAUGAAUUUUGCAGUCAGUAAACGGAUAAAUUAUCGGAAGAAGAAGCUCUUACUGGUUUGUUUAGUUACUACAGAUAUUAAAAAUGAUUUUAAUUCUUAUUUUUCGAGAAAUAAACAAAUCGGCGAAACAUUAAAUUGUAUUUUCUUGUAGUUUUUGAAAUCGAAAGUAGAUCGUCUAUGUUUGGCAAAAAGAAACAAAUUUUUUAUGAAAAGAUUUAAAUAAGAGGUAAUUUAACCGUAAACUUCAAUGUCAGAUACUGCCAAUUGCUGCUAAAUGUCUUCGUAUCAUCACAACUUAUAAAAUAUAUUGUUCAAACUGGAGAAAAGUGUAAUCGUAUCCGGAUAUAAUAUUUUGGGUAAAUAUCGAGCUGUGUUAUGAAAUUUUAAGAAAAAAAACUAAAAACAAACUGAAACUGGUAAACUAUACUGUCAGUACAUCAAUCAUUAGCCGACUCAGGCCAUUCAGGCCUUUGAUUAAGAUUUGCAGUACUUUCAACUCAGUUAUUUAGCAUUAUUGUGCAAUUUAUCAUUAAUCAACUUUCUAUAUGGACAGUAAAAAGGAGAUUUUAUGAUGUGUAUUUAUGAAGAGGCAAACAUCUUCAAUUUAUAAUAGUUGUAUUUCUUCUACAUGAAAUUUGAAGGUUUCAAAACUUCAGAAUGUUUUUGUAUUUGAAUUGUGUAGAAAAACAACAUUGCAGAUUUUAGGCACUU